AGAUACCAAACAAAGUGCGUCACUCAUCUUCUAGUCAACUUACAGCGGUAGCAGGCAGCUAAAGGACGGGCGUUUGGUUGCGAAAUUUCUUAUCGAGUCCAUCUUUGCGGCAGGUGAAAUAUGGUGAAGAUUGCAUUUAACUCAGCCCUCGCGCAGAAGGCGCUCGGAAAGGAUGCCCUUGUCAACGAAAAAGAUCCAGAGACUGCUUCUGUGUACCGUCAUGAGAGCUCCACUGGACGCUGCCUGCUCACUCUGCUUGGUCUUGCCUUCAUCUUGACUGGUCUCAUCGUUGGCGGAGCCUGCGUGUACCGCUACUUUACUCCAAAGAAGCUGUACCAUGGGGCCAUGCACUUCACCGAGAUGGACAACGAGGACGUCCGCGAGCCCUACUACCUGCCCCGCAUCGACGAGGAGGUGGAGAUCCGGGACAACGUGGCCAUCAUCAACGUCCCCACCCCCCACUUUGGCGACGGAGACCCCGCUUACAUCCUGCACGACUUCCAGAGGAAGCUGACUGCGUACCUGGAUCUGACCCUGCGCACCUGCUUCAUCAUCCCUCUGAACACCUCCGUGGUCAUGCCACCCCAGGACCUCCUGGACCUCUUCAUGCAGCUGAUGUCCGGCUCCUACAAGACGUACCUGGUUCACGAGGACCUGGUGGUGACUGAGCGCAUCGAUGACCUGUCCGAGAUGGGCUUCUACAUCUACCGCCUGUGUGACGGCAAGGACACCUACCGCAUGCAGCGCCGCUCCGAGAUCUCCGGUAUCCAGAAGCGCUCGGCAGAGGAGUGCUUCACCAUCCACCACUUUGAGAACAAGUUUGUGACCGCCACCAAGAUCUGCAAGGCCUGAUGGGAGUGACUCGUCACCACGCGGGCGGUGGAGGGGUGAAGGUCAGCUGGAGGGAUGGAUGGCGGCAAGCACCCCCAUCCCACCCUCCUCCUACCCCACCCCUUCCCCCCCUUGCUGUUACAGGUUUCUGGGGUGGUGUGGGGUGGAGGUGUGGGAGUUGCUUUUGUCUUCAGAUAAAGGCCAAAACGGGUCAGGGUCACUGUUCAUGUCUUUUUUUUUCCUGUAAAUACAACAAACGCCAGAUUCAUUUUGACCCUCACAAUUUUGCCAUUUUAACAAGGGCCACAAAUAGUGAAGACACAUUUAAUGACAAAAAGAUGAAAAUUAAUAAAUAAGCAAAUAAAUAAGCAAUAAGUAACUAGGUGCGCUACUUAAGCACGUCUCUUUCCAAUCACUGCUGUUACUGUGAUGACUGACCCCUCUAUCCGCUUUAAGUCUGUUAGAACUACUAUCCCCCCACUUUUGCUGCUAGGCUCUGUGCAUAUACAGUAGUUUUUAACAAUGCAAGGGCAUCUUUCUUUAAAACGAAAAGAUAAUGUAUGUGUACUCCUAACUAAUCCUGAGAAGAUAGCACUGUUGCUUUACUGGAGGAGAUUUUUUUUUUAUUAUUGUUUUCUUUUUUUCCAUGUUUAUAAUGGUGUAUUAGUCAGCCCGUGUUUGUGAAUCUCUGCUGUUGUGUUUUUAGUUACUGUUGAUAAUUUGUUUUGUUUCCUUCCCAAGAUGACAGUCCUUAACAUUUCUGCCUCCUUUUUGUGACAACAGUGCAUGCCGUUUGUGGUAGUGCUAGUCGUGUUAGUUAUUAUUGCUUGUGAUUUGGGCUUGUUACAAGGGAAAGCGAGGGGCGAUUAUUAUUAUUUGGCUUGCGCUUCUGAAACUGGUUGUGCCAGCGGCCUACGGCCCACACAAGAAGCUGGUGUGCCACCAGCGUCCUCUAGUGGUGGAGCUGCGGUGGUGCGUUUCGGAUCUGCUCCCUUGUGC